AUUGUUAUCAUGAAAAUGAGGUUCUCAUUAUUAUUUGUGUUUGUUAUUGUCGUUGGAAUAUAUAGUUAUAAUUUUUCUGAGGCUAAAGAGCCUGUAUGUUCAAAAUUUGCAUAUGAGGAACAGCUUUUAGAGAAAAUGAUAAGAACUGAAAUUAAGGUAGAAACAAUGGUAAAUGAAAUUAAGAAAACUGAGGAUAAUGUCAUCAGUACAUUAGGCUUCAUUAAACGAGCAGUAGCUGACUUUACGGACAUGUUUGCAGAUAUGAGAGGGAACAUAACGGACGAGAUGAUAAAGAGAGGCGAUGAGAUAAAAAGGAGAGAAGAAUCGUUCAAAACAUUAUUUGAGGAAACAAGAGAAAACCUGACUAAUGACAUCGAAGCUGAAAAAGAGAAACUUAUCAAACCCCAAGGUAUUGUUACCUAUUAUAUAUCAAUUGUGUUUUAUUUCUUUUUAUCUACAGCGGAUCAUAGUAAAAUAAAUUGCUGCGUACUUGAGUCAUGUUUUAUCUUGGUAUAUCACGUGGUCAAAAAUAUAUAACAAACUAUGUUGAUAUGAUAGUAUGUUGCUCAGUAUGUAAAUUCCUAACUCUCAUAAGACGUCCAGAUGAUUUUGUUUACAUUAACACAUUCUAGUUUUUAAUUAUUUGAAUUAUUUAAACUACAUAUAUAAGCCUGAUAUUA